AAAUAUGAGUUCAAGCAAGGCCGACCAUGAAGAAGAACAUGAUGAUGACGACCUUUCUCCUUUCUGCCGGAACAUUAAUAAUAAUGAUGUGGGCUUGCUGCGGCUCUGCCGCCGAGGACGCCGCCGCCGAAAACCGGCUGAUGGCGGAGAGGUUCGAGGAGUGGAUCGCCGAGUACGGCCGAGUGUACUCAACCCAGAAUGAGAAGUCAAAACGGUUCAGCGCGUUCAGGGACAAUGCCAUGUUUGUUGACUCCUUCAAUAGGGCCGGAGAUCAUCAGAAUUAUACUUUGGGUACUAACAAGUUUGCCGACUUGACUUACGACGAGUUCCGGUCCUCUUAUUUGGGUUACGCGGCGGCGGCGCCGGUUCCCGACGACGGUACGACCACGACGACGGCACCUUUCCUGUACGAGAACGUCACCGCCCCUGCCGCCGUUGACUGGGUCAAGAAGGGAGCUGUCACUCCUGCCAAGAACCAAGCUUCUUGUGGUAGUUGUUGGGCAUUCUCAUCGGUGGCGGCGGUGGAGGGAAUCACCAAGAUCUCCACCGGAAAACUGAUCUCCCUGUCGGAGCAACAGCUGGUGGACUGCGACGCCAAAAACCACGGCUGCAACGGCGGAUUGAUGACCGCCGCAUUCCAUUACAUCGCCACUAACAAAGGCAUCACCACCGACGCCAACUACCCAUACACCAAAGUGAAGGGGACCUGCCAGCAGAACAAGGCGGCGGCGGCGGCGGCCAAGAUCGGCGGGUUCCAGCGCGUUCCCCGGAACGACGAGGCCGCGCUGGCCCAGGCGGUGUCGCAGCAGCCGGUGUCGGUGUGCGUCGACGCCAGCAAGAACAUGCAGCUGUACAAAGGCGGGAUCUUUACUUCCGGCUGCACUACGAAGAUAAACCACGGCGUCACGGCGGUGGGGUACGGCGUCGACGCCGACGGGAGGAAGUUCUGGCUGAUAAAGAAUUCGUGGGGAAAAGACUGGGGAGAGAAUGGAUACGUGCGGUUGUUGAGGGAUUCCGGUGUACGGCAAGGACUUUGUGGGGUCACCACCCAAUCUUCUUUUCCGACUCCUCCAAAAUAGUGCUUGUACACAUGCAUGAAUGAAGCCAUGAUCAUAAU